AUGUCUGACAAAAUGGUGACCAUUGAAGAAUUUCUCUCAAAACUUGGCUACUCAAAACACGCUCUGGAGUCCGAGAUUGUUACGGAAGACCUCCUGGACGAGAUGUGCUUUCAAAGACAGACCGCAUAUUGCGCCGACCCGAAUGAUCUGUUUGAGGAUGAAAACGGAAACGGUCUCUGCAGAAUGAUGCAAGCAGAUGGCAAACCGUUUGACAGCAAGCCGACACUUGUCAAGACGUGCAACUGA